AUGCAGGACACGGCUGCUCUGGCCGCCCGUGUCGUCGCAAUCGUUGCUCUCGUCGUGGCAGCUGCCCAGCUUACACAACAAGUCAUGGCAACGGCAUACGUGAUUCGGAAAUGCGAUCGUAUCGUCACAGGCGGCCUGAGCAAAGGCGGUAUCCGGCAAUGGCACUGGCGUGAAUUUCGUUUCACUGUCAAAUAUCAAGCCAUCGUCUUUGCUCUGCCUACAUCUAUCUAUUCGGCGCUUGGCGUUAGACCGACUGUGCAAGUCGAUACACCAACUCUGGAAAUCUGGCAUGAAGUAAAUAAGAUCCGAAAACUUCGAAAGUCUUCCCAAGGCUGCUGGAUCUCGUUUGUGCAGGACCUGGUCGUGUUUACUUGUCUCCGUCCGGAAGAUGUUUGUGUCAAGGAAGAAAGCGGAGAUCGGGUAUCCGAUGACCUUACCGUAGCACCAACUCGAGUGGAUACCAUCACGGUUAUGCUGACAUGCAUCGCUAUGGGCAUGCAAGUUUCCCGAUACUCACCGACGACAGGAGAAAUCACAUUAGCCUGA